CGCGACUCGCAUUAUUCCGCGACAAGUGCCUGCUGUCGGAGUGCGGAACAGUCGGAUUUGACAGACGGAGGUUUCAGCGCAUGCGCGGAGCCCGCUUGUGUUUUGUUUUGCUUCAUUUGUUUUCCUGACUUUUUUACUUUUUCACCGUCCAAUUCUCAUCGGCACUCUCGCCGUGUCCGAAAGAACGACGACGAACAAUCUUGGACAAUGGCUGAGGCGCGGUGCAGUGGCAGCGUCAGCCGGACUCCGGAACGAUUAACAGACUGGAAUAAAGGAUCGAGUAACCCUCUCGCGUAAUAGUGUAUACAGUUCAAUUGCGGAUCUGCAUCGCAGGUCGAUGUUACAUUUUAAAUAAUAAAUUUCAACCCGAACCAUAGACGACGACAAUACAGCUUUGACAUGGCAUCGGUGCGCGUGGCUGUCAGGGUUCGGCCUUUUAACAAGAGAGAAUUGGCGAUGAAUGCUAAGUUGAUUAUCCAAAUGGAUGGAAAGCGGACGAGGAUAUUUAAUACCAAGCCUCCAGGUAGUGGCAGAGACAUAGAUGGAGAAAAAUACAAGGAUUUCACAUUUGAUCAUUCCUACUGGUCGUAUGACAGCGAGGAUGAAAACUACGCUUCACAGGAAGAGGUUUUCUACGAUCUGGGUACCGACGUGAUAGAAAGUGCCUUCUCAGGCUACAAUGCCUGUGUUUUCGCCUACGGUCAAACGGGAUCUGGAAAAACAUUUACAAUGAUGGGUACUCCGGAAUCUCAAGGCCUUAUACCUCGGAUCUGUAAGACUUUGUUCGCACGAAUGGCGGCGGGGAAAGAAGGUGGUGCUUCGUACAGAACAGAGGUAUCUUUUUUGGAAAUUCAUAAUGAGAGAGUAAGAGACUUGUUGAGGCCCGAUCAAUCUCAGUCGCAUUCCUUAAGGGUGCGAGAACACCCAAAACGCGGGCCUUACGUACAAGACUUGUCCAAUCAUCUGGUAUACGACUACUCUGAUAUUCAGGAGUGUAUGGUCAGAGGAAAUACACACAGAACUACUGCUAGCACAAAUAUGAACGAUGUCAGUAGUCGGAGUCACGCAAUAUUUACGAUAACGUUUGUUCAGGCUGGUUUCUCUGGCAAUAUGCCGUCAGAAACAGUUUCAAAAGUGCAUCUGGUCGACUUGGCUGGAAGCGAGAGGGCAGAUGCUACGGGAGCAACAGGUCAGCGUCUAAAAGAAGGUGCUCACAUAAACAAAUCCUUGGUAACACUGGGCUCAGUGAUAUCGGCCUUAGCCGAAGUCAGUUCGAGCUCGUGUACGAGUGACUCUAAUUCUAAGCGCAAUGUCUUCAUUCCGUAUCGAGACAGUGUGUUGACUUGGUUACUGAAGGACUCUUUGGGCGGUAAUUCUAAGACAAUCAUGAUCGCUGCUGUCAGUCCAGCAGAUUGUAACUACGGCGAGACACUUAGUACUCUUCGCUAUGCAAACCGAGCAAAGAAUAUCAUCAACAAACCAACAAUCAAUGAAGAUGCCAAUGUCAAACUGAUCAGGGAACUCAGGGAGGAAAUACAGAAGCUCAAAUCUCUUAUUGACAAAGAUGCGAGCGUGGAAAGACCUCCGCAAGUGUUACUGGCGCAAAUUCAUGAAAAGCAAGAACAAGAAAAGGUGCUAACUGAAGAAUGGGCUGAAAAAUGGCGAGAAACUCAACUGAUCCUACAGGAACAGCGAGCUUUGGGUCUGCGCAAAAGUGGAGUUGGUGUUGUUCUCGAUUCUGAAAUGCCACAUCUCGUUGGCAUAGACGAUGAUUUACUGAGCACUGGUGUUACUCUUUAUCACUUAAAAGAAGGAAAAACCUUGAUUGGCAGCGAGGAUGCCACGACGCCACAGGAUAUAGUCUUAUCAGGCGUUGACGUUGAACCUGAACACUGUGUGGUGGAAUUGAAUGAGGGAAUUGCGACACUUCAUCCGCUCUCAGCCCAUUGUUGGAUAAACACAGCGCAGGUUGAUAAAGCUACGAGGUUAUCGCAGGGGUGCAUAAUACUUCUCGGAAGAAAUAACAUGUUCCGUUAUAACGAUCCAGCAGAGGCUGCAAAGCUCAGAAAAGAAGGUGGAAUUGGAAAUGGCAAUUUACAAUCGGUAGUAAAUCUUUCCAGACUGUCUCUUCUCAGUUGGAGUGUUUCUGACCUCCACACUUCGUCUUCGAAUGACAAUCUCCUUAAUUCGAGCGAAGAUCUUGGGGCUAUAGAAGAACUGGAGCAUCAGAAGGCUCUUCUUCUCAAAGAAAAAGAAGACUUCAAGCGAGAGCAAGAAGAAAGAGAGGAGAGAUGGGCAGCUCGAAGAGAAGCUUUAGAAGGAGCGCAACGAGAGCUGGAGAGAGAAUGGGGAGCGCAGUGGAGAGAAUGGGCCGAAGCUCUUGCGCAGCUCGAAGCACGACAGCAAGAUUUGAGAUCUAGACGGAAUGCGCUGGAACAGGAACGAAGAGAUGAAAUGACUCAAGUAGAAAGUGUUUGUAGGGAAGUCAGCUCUCUGCGAACGAUUCUUCAGUCUAAACAGCGCCAAUUCGAUGAGUUCAUGCACACGCAAAAUCGCGUAUCAAAUGAUAGACAGCAAAAAAAGACAGGUGAUGGGGUAAGCAGUGAUAUCAGUACGCCUGAAUCUUGGUCAAGUCUUAAUGAUGCCGACUCUGCCCAUGCUGUGAGAGAGCUAGUCAAUAAUCACAGAAAAGAAUUAACCACCUUAGAAAACGAACUACAAGACAAAGUGAAGUCUCUGAACGAGCACAGAAGGAAGGUCGAUUCAAUUGACGUAGAGUUGUUUGAUGUGGCAGAUAAGCAUCAGAAGAUUUUGAACCUGGAGUUGGAAAGUGGUGAAGUCAGCGAGAAGAAACUCUUUCUGGCAAAACGGACCCAAGAGCAGUUACAAGAAAUUAUGAAUAGGAAACAGAGUCUUUCGUUGGAUUUGAAACGGGUUGGUCCAUCUUCUUCUUGCAACGAUUCAGUAAAUGGAGACGAAGUGACUUCCCAGUCCGAUUUGAAGUCCUUGCAAGACGAGUGCAAUCGGAAAUUGAAGAUUGCGUCAGCGGUAAACUUGCUGUAUAAUCAUGACCCACCGCUUUCUGCAGAAACGACGGACACGUUUCAUACAGCGGCAGCAGACUCUCCAGAGUUUUUGAAAGGCUUUAGGGAGGAUGAGGAACAAAACGAGGAAGCUGAGAAUAAGACAAAAUCCGAGUAUGUUACUGCCAAAGAAGACUGCGGUCCAGGUACAAGCACUGGGCCUGACCCGAGCCCAGAUAUUGAACACAGUGAAAAAGUUUUGCAGGAUGACGUGAAGAAAUCAAUGAAAGAAGAUGAACACUCGCUGGAUGAAAAAGUUCAGGAUACUUCUGAGUUCCGAGAUAAGGAAGAUAAUAAUUUACUGAGUGAGAGCAUCUCGACCGAGAGUCUGACAAUCCAUGAAUCUCCGCAGCAUCAAACGCUGAGGAGACUGCAGCAGAGGAUUGCUCGUCAAAAAAUGAUUAUUAUGCGAUUGUUGGAAAUUAAUGCUCCGUGCAAAGAGGAUCUUAAUCGUCAGAUUGGAGUUUUACAAGACUUACAGAGGCAGCAAAUCGAGUUGGAAGCUUUGUUGAUUGAAAAAAAGGAUUCAAAUCACGAUACAGGUAGAAAUGAAAGGAGAAUCCCUGCUAUCGAUCAGGAUCCUUAUAUGAGAGUCGUCAAUUCUCAGGAAAACUUUGGUCAGAAUUCGAUUCUCACAGAGAAAAAUUCUUUCUCAAAUUCUAACGACUUCCAAUCACAACAAAGUUCUGUCUCGGAAAUAUCCCAGCAGCCAACACUCAUGCGAAAUUCUCCAAGCCAGACUUACACCUCGGUAUAUCUCACGCAGAGUCGAGACCGUUCAGAUCACUUGAGUAGUCCUUACUCGUUGACGAUAACGAGGUCAUUACCAUCGCUAAUCGCCAAUGAAAGCGAAAAUGAGAACGUGAUCAACAUGAUCGUGAGCGUUCCGUCAUACAUUGUACGUGGUGCUGGUGCUUCCAGUCAUUAUGAGUACGAGGUGCGGGUUGCAGCUAGGGACGACAGCUGGACAUUGUUGAGACGCUACAGGCGGUUCAGGGAGCUCAACAUUAUGAUGCGCCAAAAGUAUGGUGCUAAAAUUGGAACGAUACCGUUCCCUCCACGUCAAUUUUUCAAGAAAUCUGAAGCAAUUGCUCGUCAGCGGCGAAAACAACUCGAAAUCUAUCUUCGCCGCUUGAUACAGGUUUGUGCCGAAUUGCCUCUUUGCCAACCUCUCUACAAAUACAAUACAGAUCUGAGUCAGAUAGACAAGCAGUCUCUCCUAGAAUUUAGCGUGUUUUUCCGACGAGGAACCUUUGAGAGUAGUAAAUAUGGUACUAGCUAGUAAGUUCUGCUUUAAUUAUGUAUUAUUAAUUUUCGGCAACUUAGGUUUGACAGCCUAUACGUAUAAUUAGUCUAGAUGUCUUGCAUCGGGGAAUUCACCCCGCCCCCGUGGUGAACGCGACUUGCAUAGUGAAAUUUUUAAGCUCUAGUUCGACAAUUUUAUUCUUGUUAAUUGUUAAUAUUAUAACUAAUCAAUGGCGCCACUGUGGAUUUGAACAUAACGCAUUUGGUGAAACCGCUUCGACGAAAAAAAAUUCAAAUAGAAUAAACAGAAUUGAUAUUUGGUUUGUGCCUCGCCUCUAAAUAAAAUUAAUAAACCUAUCUGAAUGAUUUGACAAUAAAAAACUACGUGUCUAGCAAACAUACAAUUACUUGAGAUGGGUCUGUUGUAAAUGCCAAAAAAUAUCAUACGUAAUUUUAAAAAUACGAGCCAGCCCCAAUUUAUCAUUUUUUUUUCAUCACGUGGAUUCGGAUGUAACAAAAUUUCAUUUCCCAGGGAUGGUAAUUCGAUCUUAAUCAUGACAGUAUUUGGCA